AUGUCUCCUAUAAGUAACCGAGGGGUCGCGGAAACUGACUCUGGCUCGGAUUCAGAUAGUGGAUCUAGCGGUAGUCGCAGCAAAAGUCCAAGUCCUGCACCAUCAGGCAAAGAAGGUAGUAGGUCUAGAUCAGGAUCUAGGAGUCCUGCAAAAUCAGCCAGCCAGUCCCCAAAAUCAAAUGCAUCUGCACGAUCAAGGAAAUCUUCUAUUGGAUCCAAUGCUUCUAGGAGUAAAUCAAAUUCUCCUGCUGGAUCUAAUAGGUCUGGAUCUGUCGCUAGCAAUAAGUCUGGUUCUUCCAGCCCUAAAUCUCAGGCUUCGGGUAGCCCAAAUAGGACAUCUAAAUCAAGAUCUCGAUCCAGAAGUGGUUCAGCUAGUGCAAGAUCCAGAUCUGGCAGCCCUAAAUCUGGACCACACACACCCAAAUCUCGUUCACAGAGUCCAAAAUCUCGGUCUCAAAGCCCCAAAUCCAGGUCACAGAGUCCUCAAUCACGAGCACAUUCUAAAUCACCUAAAGCCAAAAGUAGGUCAAGAUCUGUCAGUGGAAGUCCUAAAAGCAGGAAGUCUCGGUCAAGAUCUGGUAGUGGCUCAACAAGAUCAAAAAGUCCUGUGGAAAAGGACAAUGAUAGCAGAUCAAAUUCACCAAAUCUCAUGAUAGAUGACCAAGAUGAUAAGGAUAAGUCUAAGUCUAAGAGUAGAUCAAGAUCAGGAUCAAGACAGUCAAGAAGUAAAUCUAAGUCGAAAAGUCGGUCUCGGUCACGCUCAAAAAGUUCCAUUGCUUCUGAUCCAGGUGAUAAAAAGAAAAGGGCAGUGCUAUCUGAUUCAGAGAGUGAUGCAGAGAAAAGUGGUAACAAAAGGAAGAAAGGAUCUGACAGUGGCUCGGAUACUAGCGCAAAGCCUAAGAAGAAGUCUAAGAAGUUAGAUGAUUCUGAUGAUGAAAAUCAGGAGAAGGCUGAGGGUGAUGGUGUGACAGCUGAUGCUCUCUUCGGCGACGCCUCAGAUAUCAGUUCAGAUGAAGAUAAAGAAGAUAAGCGUUCUGGGAGAUCAAGGUCUCGUUCUCGCAGCAGAAGCCGCAGCCGCGACAAAUCUGAUGAUGAAAGGCGCUCUGAUGAUGAAAAGAGAAGCGGUGAUGAAGAGAAUCGUGAAAAACCAGAGGAGGAAGAAGAACAAGAGAUUCCCGAGACCCGAAUUGAUGUGGACAUGCCCAAAAUAUGGACUGAGCUGGGCAAAGAGCUGCACUUUGUCAAGUUGCCCAAUUUCUUGUCAGUAGAAACGCGUCCGUAUGACCCCGCAACGUAUGAAGACGAAAUCGAUGAAGAGGAGACCUUGGACGAAGAGGGACGAGCCAGAUUAAAGUUGAAAGUAGAGAACACAAUACGAUGGCGAACGGUGUUCGACAAAGAAGGCAACGCAGUCAAGGAGUCUAAUGCAAGGAUGGUGAAGUGGUCUGACGGGAGUAUGUCCCUGCACCUCGGCUCAGAAAUAUUCGACGUCUACAAGCAGCCUUUGCACGGCGACCACAAUCACUUAUUCGUUCGCCAAGGUACCGGUCUUCAGGGGCAGGCGGUGUUCCGGACGAAACUUUCAUUCAGACCUCACUCAACCGACUCCUUCACUCACCGGAAGAUGACGCUCUCGGCCGCGGAUCGUUCGACCAAGACUUCCGCUAUCAAGAUUCUCUCGCAAGUCGGAUCUGAUCCUGACGCUGAUAGAAAGUAUCAGCUCAAGAAAGAAGAAAUGGAGCUCCGCGCAGCCAUGAGGUCGCGGGCAUCCACUCGACCAAAAAGGCGAUCUGGUGGAGGCGGCACCGCAGCUCGCGCCGCUCGUGAUGACUCGGAGGACGAGGGCGGAGUCUCGCUCGCCGCUAUCAAGAAUAAAUAUAAGCAGGGCGCUAAAGCGCAAGCCUCAGCGAUAUAUUCUUCAGAAUCCGACGGAUCGGACAUGGAGACGCGAAGGGCUCGUCGUUUAGACAGGGCUAAGGCUCUGAAGGACUCUGAUGACGAAGGCAGCGACGCAGACGCCACCACACAGAAGAGUCACAGCGCAUCAAACUCUGGCAGUGGUAGCGAGUAA